AUUAGAGUAGGCUGCAGGGGAAGCAGCAGUCUGCAUGAAGUCAACCUGCGAGCCUUCGUCGAUCUCCUCCUCCAUUCUCUCCUUCCUACCAACUCCCACUUUCCACUUUCUCUUAAUCUAUAUAUAAAUUGACGCCUUUUCUUUCACCCACCAAUAUCUUAAUCGAAUUUCUCAUCAUCAUUGUUUAAGUAGUAGUAUUAAUUUUGUGGCUUUUUCUAGCUCGUUGGAAAAAGAAGGAUGAUGCUUGUGAACUGUACCAACUGCCACACACCCUUACAACUCCCACAGGGAGCAAAGUCUAUACGCUGCGCUAUCUGUCGAGCCAUAACACUCAUCGCAGACCCUCACAGUAGUCCAGCACCACCAGCUCCCGUUUACAACAACAGUUACUAUCCUCCGGCCCCUGCCCUGUCUCCUUAUAAUUACCACUCAACUUCAGGUUUGUCGUCGUCGUCGUCGUCGCGCAGUGGCCGAAAGAGAGCUGUGAUUGUUGGGAUUUCCUAUGAGAACACCAGGAAUGAACUCAAGGGGUGCAUUAAUGAUGCUAAAUGUAUGUGGUUCUUGCUCACCAAUCGCUUCAAGUUUCCUCAAGACUCCAUUCUCAUGCUUACUGAAGAAGAGAGAGACCCAUACAGAAUUCCAACAAAACAUAAUAUAAGAAUGGCAAUGUACUGGCUUGUGCAAGGUUGUCAGGCAGGGGAUUCUCUGGUGUUUCAUUAUUCUGGUCAUGGCUCACAACAAAGAAAUUACACCGGAGAUGAAGUUGAUGGGUUCGAUGAAACACUUUGCCCCUUGGAUUUUGAAACCCAAGGAAUGAUCGUUGAUGAUGAAAUUAAUGCAACAAUUGUUAGGCCUCUACCCCGUGGGGCUAAGCUUCACGCUAUUAUAGAUGCUUGUCACAGUGGUACUAUGCUUGAUCUACCAUUUCUUUGUAGGAUGGACAGGACUGGACAUUAUGUAUGGGAAGAUCAUCGUCCUCGAUCAGGAGCAUGGAAAGGAACAAGUGGGGGAGAGGUCAUAUCCUUUAGCGGUUGUGAUGAUGAUCAAACCUCUGCUGAUACAGAUAGUUUGUCCAAGGUCACUUCAACUGGUGCCAUGACCUUUUCCUUCAUCCAAGCAAUCGAGCAUGGACAAGGAACUACGUAUGGAGGUAUUCUAAAUGCAAUGAGAUCUUCGAUUAGAAGUUCUGAUAAUGGUCUAGGGGGUGGCAUUGUGACAUCCCUUCUGGCAAUGUUGAUUACUGGAGGAAGUGUUGGCAUUGGAAUGAGACAGGAGCCACAGUUGACAGCCAAUGAGCCAUUUGAUGUGUAUACCAAACCAUUUUCAUUGUAGUAUCUUAUCAAGCAACAGUACCAAGCUAUGGUUGUCAACUUUUCAUAUGGCUUUGGAUGUGGAAUUCCUGUACAGUUACUAGAAGGCACUUGUAGAGUAUUAAGAUUCUGAAGUUCUUCAAUUUCACAUAAGUUAAUCAUUCAUGUAAAACUGUGAUUGUUGUAGUAGGAAUUUCAUCGAAAUUGCUGGAGUAUAAAUUCACAUCUGUGCUUUCCCA